GGAUAAACAAAAAGGAAGGAAGCCUUCGGCGACACAAUCGCGGCAAAAUUGGUUCAAAAUUUUAGCUUCUCAGCUAUAAGUUAGUCGCUACAUGCACUUUUUAAUCGCUUAGACAGCUGCUGGUGGGUGUUUACAAUCAUGAACGACGCAUUAAUGUUUCGUAUGAGCGCGUUUUCCGACCAAGGAGGGAGAAAAUACAUGGAGGACGUUAUCGAGAUCAGAAUCGAAUACGAGCCGACGGCGUCGACAGACGAGGAUUAUCUGAAGUCGCAGAGACAUGGAGGACAAGGGAAAGCUGAGGUUGAACCUAGCGAACAGACAGUAAUGGAGACACAUGUCCAACCGGGUCCCGGUACCGCAGCGUGGGUAGAGACUCUAUCCGACGAGGACAUUAGCAGCAUCAGCACUUCGGUAUCGGGCGAAACGGACGCAGAGCGUGUUGUUGACACUCGGAAGUCCGUGGCGUUUUUCGCAGUGUUUGAUGGCCACGGGGGUCGCGAAGCGGCGCAUUUCGCGAGCGAGCAUCUGUGGGAUCUGUUGAAGAGGCAGCGGGGCUUCUGGUCCAAGGAUCACAGUGAGGUGUGUGCCGCUUUGAGGAAAGGUUUCAUCGCCUGUCACCACGCAAUGUGGAAGGAGCUGCCGGAGUGGCCAAAAACUAUCACUGGACUUCCCAGCACGUCAGGCACCACAGCCAGUGUUGUUGUGAUCCGUGGCAUUCACAUGUAUGUUGCUCAUGUUGGGGAUUCAGCAGUAGUGGUUGGAGUGAAGGAGAAUGACUCAGACAUCACGCUGCAGGCACUGGAAAUAACACAGGACCAUAAGCCUGAGCUUCCUAAAGAAAAGGAAAGGAUAGAGCGACUGGGUGGCAGUGUAAUGAAGAAAUCUGGGGUGAAUCGUGUCGUGUGGAAGAGGCCCAGGCUGACACAUAACGGCCCCGUGAGGAGGAGUACCGUUAUAGACCAGAUCCCAUUUCUAGCAGUAGCUCGAUCUCUUGGAGAUUUGUGGAGCUAUGAUUUCUACAGUGGAGAGUUUGUGGUUUCUCCCGAACCUGACACCACAGUGAUGACCCUUGACCCCAAACGGCAUCGUUAUAUUAUUCUUGGCAGUGAUGGUCUGUGGAAUAUGAUGCCACCCAAAAAUGCAGUCAACAUGUGUUACAGUCAUGAUAAAAUGGUGGGACCAAAGGGGAUGUCUUGUGCCCGGAGGCUGGGGUGCACAGCUCUCCUGUUUUGGAAAGAGCGCAUGCUCCGAGCAGACAACACAACGGUCAUCGUCCUGGCCCUGCAGGAGCGAGGAGGCCCACCCAUCCCUAUGCACCGAGAUGAGAUUGUUGUUGACAUGGCUACGGGAAUUGACCAGAUCCCAUACCCCGGAACACCCUAUAAUACAUGCGAGAUCCAAAAGCAGAGUGAACCACUAAAUGCUCCCUCCCCGUUCAAACACCGUUCCACCCCUCUGGAGCAGGCGUUCGGUCUGUACGAAGCAGCUUUCUGCACCACCACACAGCUCCUACCUGAUACUGACUCGACGCCGUGCCCUCCAGACGGUCCGGUGAAUGUUUUUGAAAAACAAGACCCAACCACCCAGAUGGUCUCAGCUACUUCUGCACCUCUUUGGAAAAGAUCCUGCCAUUCUUUACACAGACCCCAUGAACUUAAAGGCUCUUAUCAUCGCCUGGGCCGACCCCCUAACAAAAGACUCUCCAAGAAGGCACUUCACAGCAAAAAAGGAAGUGAACAAUCCGUGCAGUCUCAUGAUCAAAAUACAGAAACGAGCUCCCCUAAGGAAGGCGGCAUCCUGCCACAGCACCACAACUCUGCCUUGUGUGUGGGCUGAAUCUCAUCUGUCCGCUCACAUGAAAUUAUUCAUCCGCAUCAUGUCAGCUUCACUCAUCUACCAGGUGUCACCGUCACUAAAUGCAUACUUUUCUACAAAGUCCUUGUAAAUGUGUGAGAUAUGCUUGUUAGAUUAGAUGUGGUGCUGUUCCUUUUCUUUCAUGAUCCUCCCCCUGCUCCUCCUUUACAUCGAACAAUCUUCAAAUUGCUCAAUCUUCUCUAUUUUUGUAUCUUUAAGUAUGUACAGUAUCCAAAGGCAUAUUUUCAAGCAGACGCACCACUGUAAUGUCACCUACCUUUAAUUUAACUGAAUUGGGACCCAUGUGAUCUUC